AUGAACAGAAAGAAGUUGCCUCUUGUUGCCCUCCUGGGCAACGGCCUCAUCAUCAGCGCCGUAGCCUGCGGCCACCACCUGCACACGCCCUUGUUCUUCUUCCUGCUCAACCUGGCCCUCAGCCACCUGGGCUCCAUCUGCACCACUGUCCCCAAAGCCAUGCACAACUCCCUCUGCGACACCAGCACCAUUCCUUAUAAAGGAUGUGCAGCACAGGUCUUUUUCUUGCUUUUCUUCAUUGGAGCAGAGUUUUCCCUCCUGACCGUCAUGUCAUAUGAUCUCUACGUGUCCGUCUGCAAACCCCUGCACUACGGGACCCUCCUGGGCAGCAGAGCUUGUGCCCCCAUGGCAGCAGCUGCCUGGGCCAGUGCCUUUCUCAAUGCUCUCAUGCACACAGCCAAUACAUUUUCCCUGCCCCCGUGCCAUGGCAAUGCCCUUGGGCAGUUCUUCUGUGAAAUCCCUCUGAUCCUCAAGCUGUCCGGCUCAAAUUCCUGCCUUCAGGAAUUUGGAGCUCUUAUGGGGACUGAUUUUCUGUUAUUCAGCUCUUUUGUGUUUAUAGUUUUCUCCUAUGUGCAGAUCUUCAGGGCUGUGCCGAGGAUCCCCUGCGAACAGGGACGGCACAAAGCCUUUUCCACCUGCCUCCCUCACCUGGCUGUGGUCUUCCUGUUCAUCAGCACCUCAUUUUUUACUUAUCUUAAGCCACUUUCAAUGUCCUCCCCAUCCCUGCAUCUGUCCCUCUCAGUUCUGUACUCAGUGGUGCCUGCAGCCCUGAACCCCUUCAUCUACAGCCUGAGGAACCAGGAGCUCAAGGCUGAAGUGAGGAGACUGAUGACUAGAUGCUUUCAGGAACAUUAA